AUGGCGCCGUGCGGCGACGGCCGCGACGACGACUGGUACCAGUACGGCCUCGACGACUUCCCUCCGCUGUGUUCGGCGCCGCCGCCGCUCGCCUUGCUGAGCGCGGAAGACUACCGUCUGCCGAUCGCCGCCGCUCCUCCGCCCGGUCAUCUGCGCCGCAGCGACGGCGGCGGACUCAUCGAGGGCUCUUGCCACGGCGCGCUUGCGGGUGCCGCGGCAGACUGCCCGUCGUCGGCUCUGAUGAGUCUGAGGGGGGACGAGAGCUACAGUUACUACGACCUGCCGAUAUUCUCUGCGCCACCGCCGCCGGCUGGCGAGCCGUACUUCUCCAAUCAGCUCCCACGCGUACCUGUGGACGGCGCAACCGUGGGCCUCGACGACGCGCUCCUGCUGCCGUUAGGCGACAUUGAUCUGGAGGCCUUCGACAGUGCCGACGAGCACAAGAUGAUCCCGCCGGCAGGUCAGCACACCGUCGGCCAAGACUAUGCAGGCGUCGACGUCGUACACGAGGAUCAGAAGCCCAUGGCCAUCGCGGACUCUUUCCGACCAAGGGCCAAUGCCUUGGAGUUGACCAUGAGUCGCCAUGGGGAGCACCAGAAAUCAAGCUCAGUCGCGGCCGCACUAGUGCCGCCGCCGCCGCCGCCACUGCCGCGGCCGCGCGGUAGGAGGAGCGUCGACCACCGAUCAGCUCCGGCGCACGGGAAGACGAGGCUGGACCACAUCGGCUUCGACGAGCUCAGGAAAUACUUCUACAUGCCCAUCACCAGGGCGGCGCGGGAGCUGAACGUGGGGCUCACCGUCCUCAAGAAGCGCUGCCGCGAGCUCGGCAUCGCGCGGUGGCCUCACCGUAAAAUGAAGAGCCUCAAGUCCCUCAUCCUGAACGUCCAGGAGAUGGGCACCGGCAUGAACCCGGCGGCGGUGCAGCAUGAGCUGGCGGCGCUCGAGACGUACUGCGCGCUCAUGGAGGAGAACCCGGCGAUCGAGCUGACGGAGCGGACCAAGAAGCUGCGGCAGGCGUGCUUCAAGGAGAGCUACAAGCGGAGGAGGGCGGCGGCCGUGAACGUGAUGGAUCGCAUCUUCAGCUUCGACGACCACAAGUAUCGUCACCCGCUGCGACCGCCGCCGCCGCCGAGCAGUGCUGAACGGCACGGCCAUGGCAGCAGUUUCUUGGGCUACUGA